UUUAAAUCAUAUUACCACAUAUUAUUCUAGAUUGGUGUUUAAUAAAAUUAUCACACUGUAAGACAAUUUUUGAUAAGUGCACGGAUGAAAAAAUACCUAUAUGUGCUUAUUCGGAAACUUUAGAUCAAUUUCGUACAUUCACCAAUGAAUGUCAAAUGAACAAAGAAAUACAUAAUACGGGAGUCAUCUGGAUAGCUACAUUUCCCUUUGCCUGUCCGCCCAUAGAUAGCGGAUCAUUGACAACAACAACAGAUAUAACAAUCACAACCAUUGGUGUUGGGAAUACAACUGAUACAGAAGAAGAAACAUCUACCACAGAAGAAGUACAUACAACCACAGAUUCAAGUGAAACAACAAGCAUAGAAGAAGAAACUACAACCACUGAAAAAGUAGACUCUACCACUGACAGAACAACAGGAUCGGAAGAAGAAACUUCAACCACGGAAGCAAUAGAAACAACCAAUGAUGGAACAACUGUUAUAGAAGAAGAAACUUCAACCACCGAAGCAAUAGAAACAACCACAGUUGCAGCGGAAGAAACUUCAAGCACCGCAGGCGAAGAUACUACCACAGGUGGAACAACUGGUACAGAUGAGGAAACAUCUACUACUGAAUUAGAAACAACUACAGGGAUUAAAGAUGUAACAGGCACAUUCGAACCGACAUCAACCACUGACAGUGUAGUUACAAGCACUGUUACUGAGGAAACAACUACAACAGAAGCAGAAACCUCAACCACCGAUGAAGCCGACACUACAACUGUAGGAAUAACUAGUACUGAUGAAGAUACUUUAACAACCGAAGAAGAAACCUCAACCACCGAUGAAGCCGACACUACAACUGUAGAAAUAACUAGUACUGACGAAGAUACUUCAACAACCGAAGAAGUUGACACUACUACUGUUGCAACAACUGCUGUUGAUGAAGAAACUUCAACCAGCGCAGGCGAAGACACUACCACAACCGAAGAAGAAACCUCAACCACCGAUGGAGCCGACACUACAACUGUAGGAAUAACUAGUACUGACGAAGAUACUUCAACAACCGAAGAUGUUGACACUACUACUGUUGCAACAACUGCUGUUGAUGAAGAAACUUCAACCAGCACAGGCGAAGACACUACCACAGCCGAAGAAGAAACCUCAACCACCGAUGAAGCCGACACUACAACUAUAGGAAUAUCCUCAACAACCGAAGAAGUUGACACUACUACUGUUGCAACAACUGCUGUUGAUGAAGAAACUUCAACCAGCGCAGGCGAAGACACUACCACAACCGAAGAAGAAACUUCAACCACCGAUGAAGUCGUCACUACAACUAUAGGAAUAACUAGUACUGACGAAGAUACUUCAACAACCGAAGAUGUUGACACUACUACUGUUGCAACAACUGCUGUUGAUGAAGAAACUUCAACCAGCGCAGGCGAAGACACUACCACAACCGAAGAAGAAACCUCAACCACCGAUGAAGCCGACACUACAACUGUCGGAAUAACUAGUCCUGACGAAGAUACUUCAACAACCGAAGAAGUCGACACUACUACUGUUGCAACAACUGCUGCUGAUGAAAAAACUUCAACCAGCGCAGGCGAAGACACUACCACAACCGAAGAAGAAACUUCAACCACCGAUGAAGUCGACACUACAACUAUAGGAAUAACUAGUACUGACGAAGAUACUUCAACAACCGAAGAUGUUGACACUACUACUGUUGCAACAACUGCUGUUGAUGAAGAAACUUCAACCAGCGCAGGCGAAGACACUACCACAACCGAAAAAGAAACCUCAACUACCGAUGAAGCCGACACUACAACUGUAGGAAUAUCCUCAACAACCGAAGAAGUUGACACUACUACUGUUGCAACAACUGCUGUUGAUGAAGAAACUUCAACCAGCGCAGGCGAAGACACUACCAUAACCGAAGAAGAAACCUCAACAACCGAUGAAGCCGACACUACAACUGUAGGAAUAACUAGUAUUGACGAAGAUACUUCAACAACUGAAGAAGUCGACACUACUACUGUUGCAACAACUGCUGUUGAUGAAGAAACUUCAACCAGCGCAGGCGAAGACACUACCACAACCGAAGAAGAAACUUCAACCACCGAUGAAGUCGACUCUACAACUGUAGGAAUAACUAGUACGGACGAAGAUACUUCAACAACCGAAGAAGUUGACACUACAACCGAAGAAGAAACCUCAACCACCGUUGAAGCCGACACUACAACUGUAGGAAUAACUAGUACGGACGAAGAUACUUCAACAACGGAAGAAGUUGACACUACUACUGUUGCAACAACUGUUGUUAAUGAAGAAACUUCAACCACCGCAGGCGAAGACACUACCACAGGUGGAACAACUGGUACAGAUGAACAAACAUCUACCACCGAAUUAGAAACAACUACAGGCAUUAAAGAUGUAACAGGCACAUUCGAACCGACAUCAACGACUGAAGAUGUGGCAACGUCUACCUCUGACGGUGUAGAUACAAGCACUGUUACUGAUGGAACUACUACAACAGAAGAAGAAUCUUCAACCACCGAUGAAGCCGACACUACAACUGUAGGAAUAACUAGUACGGACGAAGAUACUUCAACAACCGAAGAAGUUGACACCACCACUGUUGCAACAACUGCUGUUGAUGAAGAAACUUCAAUCAGCGAAGAAGUCGACACAACUACUGGCACUGGUUCUGGAACAACAGUUUCAGUAGAUGAAACUACAACCACCGAAGAAUUAGAAACAACCACUGAUGGGACAACUGAUACCCAAGAAGAAACAUCAACAACCGAAGGGGAAGAUACUAUAACUGCCGGAACCAAUACUACAGAAAAAGAAACUUCAACAACAGAAGAAGUAGGCACUACCACUGCUGUAACAACGGGUUCACAAGAAGAAACUACAACGACUGAUGGACUAGAAACAACCACAGGUGCUCAAGAACAAACGUCAACUACCAAAGUAGAAGAUACAACCACUGUCGGAACAAGUGCUCCGGAAGAACAAACUUCAACCACCGAUAGCGGAACCUCUUCUACAGAAGAAGAAACUUCAACAACAGAAGAAGUAGACUCUACCACUGCUGUAACAACUGGUUCAGAAGAAGAAACUACAACGAUUGAAGGAUUAGAAACAACCACUGGAGGAACAACUGUUACACAAGAAGAAACGUCAACUACCGAAGGAGAAGACUCUACCACUGUUGAAACAACUGUUACGGAAGAACAAACAUCAACUGCCGAAGGAGUAGACACUGCAACUGAUGUAGAUACUACAACUGUUGGAAAAACGAGUACCGAAGAAGAAACUACCGAUGAAGUAGAAACAAGUACUACAGAAAAGGGAACAUUGAGCACCUCAGGAGUAGACACUACCACAGUUGAAACAACUGGUUCGGAUGAAGACACUUCAACCACUCAAGGUGUAAACACUACAACUAUUGGAACAACUGAUACAGAAGAAGGAACCUCAACAACCGAAGGAGUAGACACAUCAACAAUCGAUGAAGUAGAAACUACAACUGGUGGAACUACUGGUACAGAUGACGAAACUUCUACAACCGAAGAAGUAGUCACUACCACUGAUGAAACAAAUGGUCCAGAUGAAGAAACAUCAACCAUCGAAUUAGAAACAACUACAGGAAUUAAAGAUGUUACAGGCACAUUCGAACCAACAUCAACCACUGAAGUUGUACCAACGUCUACCACUGACAGUUUAGAUACAAGCACUGGUACUGAUGAAAUAACUAGUACAGAAGAAGAAACUUCAACAACUGAGAGAAUAGAUACUACAACUGUAGGUAUAACUGGAACCGAAGAAGAAACUUCAACAACCAUAGGAAAAAAUACUACGACUGCUGUAACAACUGAUACUGAAAAUGAAACCUCAACAACCGAAGAAGUAGUCCUAACUACUGCUACAGAUGAAGAAACAACUUCAUCUACAACUGAUGAAACAACUAGCACAAAAGAAGAAACUUCAACCGAAGUAAUAAAAACUACUACUGAAAAACUAACUGGAACCGAAGAAGAUGCAUCAACCACUGAAGAAGUAGAAACAACCACUGCUGGAACAACUGAUACAGAAGUAGAAACAUUAACAACCGAAGAAGCAAAUACAACUACUACUGAAAAGGAAACUUCAACCACCGAAAAAGUGGAAACGACCACUGAUGGAACAACUGGUGCAGAAGAAGGAACCUUUACCACCGAAGUAGGAGACACUACAACUGAUGAAAAAGAAUCUUCAACUAUGGGAGGAACAGACACAACCACUGUUACUGGUGACACAACUAGCACAGAAAAAGAAACUACAGAAGAUGUAAACACUUCAACUGUAGGAGUAACUGGUACCGAUGAGGAAACUUCAACUACUGAUGUAGUAGAUACUACCACUUCUACAAAAGAAGAAACUUCAACCACCGAAGCAGUAGCUACUACAACUGUCGAAACAACUGGUACAGAUGAAGAAACUUCAACCACCGAAGGAGUAGACACUACAACUGUCGAAACAACUAGUACAGAUGAAGAAACUUCAACUACCGAAGAAGUAGAAACAACUAUUACUGAAGAGGGAACUUCAACAACGGAAGGAGAAGAUACAACUAUUGAAACAACUUCCGCCGAUGAUCUCUCUUCAACCACCGACAAUGUAGACACUACGCCGGCAGGUAUAACUGGGACUGAAAAGGAAACUUCAACGGUCGAAGACGUAGACACUACCACUGCUGGAACAACUAGUACAGAACAUAACACAUCAACAACUGAACAAGUAGACACAACUACUGAUAAAGAAACAUCAAUCACAGAAGAUGUAGAUACAACCACUGGCACUAGUGGAAUAACUGGUACAGAAGAAACUUCAACAACCGAAAUAGUGAACACAACGUCUGGUACAGAGGACGAAACGACAGAAAGUUUGGAAACAACCACAGGUAUUAAAGAUGUAACAGGUACAUUAGAAGCAUCAUCAACCACUGGAGAAGUGGUAGCGUCUACCACUGAAAGUGUAGAUACAAGCACCGCUACUGAUGGAGCAACUAGCACAGAUGAGGAAGCUUCAACAACUUUAGAAAUAGACACCACAACGAGUGGAGCAGCAAGUACAGAUGAAGAAAAUUCAACAACAGAUGAAUUAGACACAACCACAGUUACAGAUGCAGAAACAUCAACAACAGAUGGAGUAGACACUACUACUAAAGAAGUAGACACUACAACUGGCGGAACCACUGUUACAGAUGAAGAAAGUUCAACCACCAAAGGAGUAGACACUACAACUAUAGGAACAACUUAUACAGAAGAAGACACUUCAACAACAGAAGAUGUAGAUACUACUACUGCUGAAACAACUGUUACAGAAGAAGAAACUUCAACAACAGAAGAUAUAGACACUACCACUGGUGGAACAACAAGAUCAGAAGAAGACACAUCAGUAACAGAAGAUGUAGAUAGUACCACUGGUGGAACAACUGAUACAGAAGAAGAAACUUCAACAACAGAAGAAAUAGGCACUACCACUAGUGAAAGAACUGGUUCAGAAGAAGAAACUUCAACAACAGAAGAAGUGGACACUACCACUAGUGAAACAACUGGUUCAGAAGAAGAAACUUCAAAAACAGAAGAAGUGGACACUACCACUGGUAAAACCACUGGGGUAGAAGAAGAAACUUCAAGCACCGAAGGAGGAGAGACCACAACUGUUGAAACAACUGGUUCGGAAGAAGAAACAACAACAACAGAAAAAGUAGACACUUCCCCUUCCACCGAUGGAAUCGGUGAAACCACUGGCACUAGUAUAGAUGAAGAUACUUCAACCACUGAAGGAAUAAAUACAUCCACUGACACUGCCACAGAAGAAACUUCAACUACCGAAAGAAUUGACACUACAACAGGCACUGUUGGAACAACGGAUGAAGAAGGAGAAACAUCAACCACCACAGGUGAAAACAUAACAACUGACGGAACUACUGACAUAAGUGAAGAAAUAUCAACCACCGAAUUUUCAACAACAGAAAUGUUGGAAACAACAACAGGUAUUAAAGAUGUAACAGGCACAUUGGAACCAACAUCAACCACUGGAGAAGUGGAAGCGUCUACCACGGACAGUGUAAAUACAAGCAUUGCUACUGAUGGAAUAACUACAACAGAAGCAGAAACAUCAACCACAAAAGGGGUAGACACUACCACUGUUGAAACAACUACUGAAAACGAAACGUCAAGUACCGGGGUAGUAGACACUACAACUGCUGAGACAUCAACAAAAGAAGAAGAAUCAUCAACGACAGAAAAAGUAGAUACUACCACUAGUGGAAAAACAGAUUCAGAAGAAGAAACUUCAACAACAGAAAAAGUAGACACUACUACUGAAGGAGACACAUCAACAACAGAAGGUGUAAACAAUACCACUGGUGGAACAACUGGAACAGAAGAAGAAUUUUCAAGCUCCGAAGCAGUAGAAACUACAACUGUUGGAACAUCUAGUUCAGAAGAAGAAUCUUCAACAAUAAUGGGAUUAGACACUACCACUAUCGAAUCAACAGUUAGCGGGGAGGGCUCUUCAACCAACGAAGUGGUGGAUACUACUACUGCUAGAACAACUGGUACAGAAGAGGAAACAUCAACUACCAACAGAGUAGACACUACCAGUGAAGAAACAAGCACAGAGGAAGAAUCUUCAACCACAGAAAUUAUAACAACAGAAAAAUUGGAAACAACAACAGGUAUUAAAGAUGUUACGGGCACAUUAGAACCGACAUCGACUACCGAGGCGGAAACCACUACAGAGAUGGUUUCGACAACAGAAGAUACUGACACAAGCUGUGAAGAAGAUGGAAGUUGUGAAGAAGAAACCACUACGGAAGAGGUAGAUGCGACAACGACAGAAACUGAUAAAAGCUGUGAAGAAAGUGGAAGUUGUGAAGAAGAGACAACUACGGAAGAGGUAGAUGCGACAACGACAGAAACUGAUAAAAGCUGUGAAGAAAGUGGAAGUUGCGAAGAAGAAACCACUACAGAAGAGGUAGAUGCGACAACGGCAGAAACUGAUAAAAGCUGUGAAGAAAGUGGAAGUUGUGAAGAAGAAACAACUACAGAAGAGGUAGAUGCGACAACGAAAGAAACUGAUACAAGCUGUGAAGAAAGUGGAAGUUGUGAAGAAGAAACCACUACGGAAGAGGUAGAUGCGACAACGACAGAAACUGACAAAAGCUGUGAAGAAAGUGGAAGUUGCGAAGAAGAAACAACUACGGAAGAGGUAGAUGCGACAACGACAGAAACUGACAAAAGCUGCGAAGAAAGUGGAAGUUGCGAAGAAGAAACUACUACAGAAGAAGGGGAAAAGACAACUACUUUAGCUACUUCAAGUUGUGAAGAAGAUGGAAGUUGUGAAGAAGAAACAACAACUGAGGAUAUAGAAAUGACUACGAAAGAAACUACGGCAAGUUGUGAAGAAGAUGGAAGUUGUGAAGAAGAAACAACAACGGAGGAAGUAGAAACAUCAACGACAGAAACUGACACAAGUUGUGAUAUAGACGAGAGUUGCGAUGAUGAAACCUCUACGGAAGAUGUAGAAAUGACAACAACAAAAACUACCACAAGCUGUAAAGAAGAUGGAAGUUGCGAAGUCGAAACCACUACAAAAGAAGUGGAAACGACAACUACAGUAGCUACUUCAAGUUGUGAAGAAGAUGGAAGUUGUGAAGAAACAACAACUGAGGAUAUAGAAAUGACUACGAAAGAAACUACCACAAGUUGUGAAGAAGAUGGAAGUUGUGAAGAAGAAACAACAACGGAGGAUGUAGAAACAUCAACGACAGAAACUGACACAAGUUGUGAUAUAGACGAGAGUUGCGAUGACGAAACCUCUACAGAAGAUGUAGAAAUGACAACAACAAAAACUACCACAAGCUGUGAAGAAGAUGGAAGUUGCGAAGUCGAAACCACUACAGAAGAAGUGGAAACGACAACUACAGUCGCUACAUCAAGUUGUGAAGAAGAUGGAACUUGUGAAGAAGAAACAACAACUGAUAAUGUAGAAACGACUACGAAAGAAACUACCACAAGUUGUGAAGAAGAUGGAAGUUGUGAAGAAGAAACCACUACAGAAGAAGUGGAAACGACAACUACAGUGGCUACAUCAAGUUGUGAAGAAGAUGGAACUUGUGAAGAAGAAACAACAACAACGGAGGAUGUAGAAACGACUACGAAAGAAACUGCUACAAGUUGUGAAAAAGAUGGUAGCUGUGAAGAAGAAACCACUACAGAAAAUGUGGAAAUCACAACGAAAAAGGAAACAAAUUGCGAGGAUACUGUAAAGUGCAAUGACACUUCUAUCGCUCUACCAUGUAUUGUAAAUUCAACUAUAACUGUUGGCAAUAAAACCGUAAUACAUGUUAGUCAUAACAAUACAUAUAAUGGACCAUAUGCGGAGGGAGAUUAUUACCACCAACCGGUGCAUAAUUACUUUAACAUAGUUCCUAUACCAAUACCCGCUGAAAAUAUUACAACUAAAAAUAACUCUAGUCUCAUGUUUGGAUUUUUCCCGCUUGCUGUAAAUACAAACUCCUCGUCAAUAUUUGAACUGGUUAAGGAAUUUCUUGGUAAAUUAAGUUCAUAUUUUAGUGGUUAGAACACUAUGUUGAAAACUAAUGUCUGUGAUUUAGUAAUUAAUUUGUAUGUAUAAUAUAAAUUUAGGUAUUUUACAUAUAUUGAUAGAUAAGUUUUUGAUGUAAGUAAAAAAUAUGUAUUUCCUUUUGUGAAAAUAUAUGAUAUAAUAAAUAUAA